GCCAAACAAUAACACCGUGGUGAAGUGCAAGUCCCCGAAGAAAAAGUGCAAAAUCAGUGAAAAAUCGCGCGGAAAAUGAGUUUCAAUGAGAACAAGAACUCGGAGACAUCCUCAACGUCCCUUGAGGAAUGGAUGACGCGCCUCAAUAGCUACCAAAUCCCUCAGGCGGAGAUGAAUAAGAUGAUUAUGAAUUACUUGGUGACAGAGGGCUUCAAGGAGGCAGCUGAGAAGUUCCAGGCUGAGGCCGGUGUCGAACCAACGGUCGAACUCAAUUCCCUGGACAAUAGGAUCUUGAUAAGGGACGCCGUGCAAAAUGGGCGAAUUCAGGAGGCUACUCACCUCGUCAAUCAGUUGCAUCCGGAACUCCUGGACAAUGAUAGGUAUCUGUACUUCCACCUGCAGCAGUUGCAUCUGAUUGAGUUGAUCAGGGCGGGAAAAAUUGAGGAAGCCCUGUCAUUUGCCCAGACACAAAUGUCCGAAGCCGGAGAGAAUAAUCCCGAAGUUCUGGUGGAACUGGAACGAACACUAGCUCUGCUGGCCUUCGAGAAGCCCCAGCAGUGCCCCUUUGCGGAUCUCCUGGAACAGUCGCAUCGCCAGAAAGUUGCCAGUGAACUCAAUGCAGCCAUUCUCAAAUCCGAAAAUCAGGAACACACCAGUCCCCGCAUUGUCUACCUGCUCAAACUGAUCCUCUGGGCUCAGGCUGAGCUCGACAAGAAGAACAUCAGCUACCCAAAGAUGCGCAAUCUCGCCACGGCGUCCAUUGUGCCCAAAAUAACAAUUCGCAAUUUUCUAGACUAUUUCCCAACUAUAAAUCCGAAUUGAAUGAACUGCAAGAAAAGCUGAUUAAAUAAAAUUACUCUAGGCGCAACAACUAGUUUUGUAGCCUUGGCUGUUUUUGUUUUUAGUUACUGGUUCUAUCCCCUUACCAUUAUAAGCAUUUUUUACUUUAAAACAUUUUUAGAAUAUCGAAUAAAUUGGUACAAUUCAGAAAAA